AUGAACAGUGGGCGCGAGCUUCCCGUGUUACGGUCACUAGGAAAAUCCGAACAGCUUUCCGCUGUUUCUCACGAACUAGGGUUCUUCAAGAAUGUGGGAAUAUCUGCUCACUACUCUCUCUCUAUUGUUGCUACUCUACCCGAUUUGCAAUCAAUCAUCUACGCCGCAUUGACACAAGUCAUCCACAGGAACUCUAUCCUAUCCGCCGUCCCGAUCGACGAAAUAUCUCCAAGCGCCUACUUCGUCCGUUUGCAGUCUCUCGAUCUUCGUUCCUGUGUACUUUUCAAGACUCGAGCGAGCUCGAUUGGACAGCGCAACCAAGACCCUGAGCUCGACACAAUUCUCCAGGAGGAACACAAUACUGACUUCAAGCCUUCCCAUGGUUCCCUGCCUUUCUGGCGACUUACCAUCCUGCAAGACAUUGGUGAAGAGAAGGGGCGUGGUUUCACCGCAUCCUUUGUCUUCCAUCAUAGCCUCGGCGAUGGCGCAACAGGAGUCAUCUUCCACCAGUCAUUCCACCAGGCACUUGAGAGUGUUCUCAUGCUACCGUCCUUGAAAUCAAGCAGCCCGAAAAUACAGGUGUCUGAGAGUUCGACUGUUCUGCCACCACUAGAAGAUUUGCAUCCGUUGCCGUUGAACCCGAACCCACUUCAUCACCGCACAUCGGGCGAGAAGCUGGAGGAAUGGACAGGAAGUCCCAUCCAACUACCGAUGGUGUCGCAAUACCGGACACUGUUCUUUUCACCAAUAGCUUCAGCUAAAUUUGCGCAAGAGUGUAAAGAGAAUGGUCUCACAGUGACGUCCGGCUCAACCGCGGUAUUGGCCAGUGCGUUGUUCGAGCAGCUUCCAGAUACUGUCCACGCACUCACAGGUAUUAUACCGAUCAACCUUCGUCCAUGGCUUAGCCUCCAUGACAACUGCACCUCCACGAACGAAGCGAUGGGCAGUUUCAUAGACGCAUUGAAAGUACAGAUCCGUCGCGAGCAUUGCUCCUUUCCCACCGACAGCGUUGGACACACGGGAGCUACAUGCGGACUCGCGGCCGCGCGUCAUACAGCAGAAACAAUAAAAGAAUACAUGGGUAACAAGAGUCCGAGUGGUGAGCCAUAUACUUCAGUCGCUGCGUUCAAGGGUAUACACGACAUAGCUGCGGCCUUCAAGUCUAUGGUUAACGCGCCCCGCGAUGCGGCCUUUGAGAUCUCGAACCUUGGCCGCUUCCCACCGCCGUCUUCCCCGUCAUAUGACGUCCCUGAUGGUGCUUGUGAAGGUCGGUGCCGUAUCGGACGCAUGACCUUCAGUCGUAGUGCUGUUGGCUUCGGCGCUGCGAUCACAACGAGUGUUAUGAUGGGAAAUGAUGGAGGGUUGAGCGUGGGGUGGAGUUGGCAAGAGGGUGUGGUGAAACGAAAGCUUGUGGAGAGUGUUAUGGAGGGCUUUAGGAAAGGCGUUGAGGGUGGCGUUCAUCUCUAA